UUUAAAAAUUUUAUCAUUAAAAUAAAUAAUAUAUUAUUUCAGACGUAAAAUUUUAUCAUACCUUUAUACAGUAAAUAUUAUUUCUUAUCUAGGUCUAAAUAAGUCUAAAAAAGACUACCGAGGAUAUUGUUUGCAAUAUUUUCUUUAAUUCAGAUUAUUAUAAAGUGUGUUAAUGUUUUAAGACCAAAGACCACUGCCACUACUACUAUUUACAUUGAAAGACAACUGUUUAUGUCCAUUUGUUGCUGCUAGACAUUAGCUAUGAGUGAACAACGGCAACCAUUUAAAGCUAUCAACAAACUGUUUGAAGGCAGAGAGCCAUGGCAAAUUGUUACCAUGACUGCAUCAUCAGUGCUUGCUGUAGUGUGGGCACACAGUCUAUACAAUGCAAAAGAUAGUAUUAAAACAAGAUUACGCAGAGAGUUCUUCAGAUGGCUUCGACAAAUACCUAUAGUUAGAAGGAAGAUAGAAGAGAAGAUAUCAGAUAUCAAUGUGGGUUUCAAACAAGAUGUGUCCAAGAGGUUAGCUGGCAUGACAAUCAGGAGAGAGUUGCCUGAGAAAGGGCUGACAUCUGAGCAGAUAGCCGAAGAAGUUAGGGAUCAUCUUAGCUUGGGUGCAUAUGAUUGGAAAAACGGCAAUGUAUCCGGUGCAGUGUACCACGUGAACGAGGAGAUCGUGAAGGUUGCUUGCGCUGCGUACGCUCUCACCGCGUACACGAACCCUCUGCACUCCGACGUGUUCCCGGGCAUCAACAAGAUGGAGGCGGAGAUUGUGAGGAUGGCUGUCAAUUUAUUUCAUGGUGACGACGAUUGCUGCGGUACGGUAACUACCGGCGGCACGGAGUCGAUAAUAAUGGCGUGCAAAGCGUUCAGGGACCUCGCGUACAGUAAAGGCAUAUCGAACCCACAGAUAGUGGUGCCCUCUACUGUACAUUCGGCAUUCGACAAGGCGGCACAGUAUCUCGGCCUCUCGGUUAAGACUAUACCGGUCGAUCCUGAUACACUGACGGUGAAUAUUAAUGCGGUGAAGAAGGCUAUUGGCAGGAGAACUUGUUUGAUAGUGGGAUCGGCGCCAAACUUCCCAUACGGCACCAUGGACGACAUAAAUGCCCUAUCCGACAUCGCGCUAGAGUAUGACGUGCCGCUGCAUGUGGACGCGUGCCUGGGCGGAUUCGUAGCCGCUUUCAUGCCGGACGCCGGCCACAGCGUGCCCGUGUUCGACUUCAGGCUGCCCGGUGUUGCCAGCAUAUCCGCUGAUACGCAUAAGUAUGGCUUCGCUCCUAAAGGCACAUCGGUGAUCCUGUACCGCAAGCCGGAGUACAGACACCAUCAGUACACGGUCACCACUGAAUGGCCUGGUGGUGUUUAUGGCUCGCCAACGGUCAAUGGCAGCCGCGCGGGCGGCCUGAUCGCUGCAUGCUGGGCCACCAUGGUGUUCGUGGGCCGCGAUCGCUACGUCCGGAUGGCCGAUGAGAUACUCACCACCACCAAAUACGUCGAGAGCGAACUCCGUAAAGUGGACGAUAUCUUCAUAUUUGGCAAGCCCGCGACCACUGUGAUAGCGUUCGGUUCUAAAGUAUUCGACAUAUUCAAACUGGCCGACUACUUGCACAAAAAGGGAUGGAGUUUGAAUGCGUUGCAGUUUCCAUCUGGAGUGCACAUUUGCAUCACACAUGCGCACACAGCUCCGGGCGUGGCGGAGCGUUUCGUACGCGACGUUCGUGAGGCGGUCGCACACUGUAGGCAGCACGCUUCCGAGCCUGUCGAAGGAAAGAUGGCGAUAUACGGCGUGGCACAAGAGCUGCCCGAUAGAAGUCUAGUGUCUGACAUUACGAAGUACUUUAUAGAUUCCAUGUACUAUUUACCGCCACGGGAAGAUGACAAGUAAUAAAUGUAAGAAAUUAGUAAUCUAAACAUUAUUUUUGCUUUAGUACAGCAUAUUGUACAAGGCGAUUUAAAAAGUACUGGCUGAAUAUGGUAUAAAAAAAAUUACGUUAGGCUCUUUGGAAAUCAAAAAUGGAAUCUAGCUAGGCUGUGUAUUUAAGGUUACAGUUACUGUGGCAUUGUUUCAUGAAUUACCAUCACGCUGAACGAGAAUUUUGUGUAUAUACAUACAUAUGUGUUAAACUAGCGAUCCCGCCCGGUUUCACCCGGGAAGACAGAAUUGUCGAAAAUAAUAUAUAGCCUAUGUAAUGUAGUUUUCUAUAGGUGGAAGAAAUUUUAUAAUCGAUUUAAUAGUUUUUUAAAGGAUAAACCAUUACAAACAAACGGUCAAACAUUUUCUUUUUAUAUAUUAUAUUAAUAUAGACUAGUUCACCUGGCAAAUACUGUUUUGACUAUUACAAUUACUGGGUUAUUUUUUUCCUAUUGAAAUAAACAUUAUUCUACCUCAAGUUGGAGUAUACAUUAACAAAUUAUUAUUAAAAUCGAUUGAAAGGUUUCGGAUUUUAGCGUGAACUAACAUUGAGACAUGAUUGGAUGAGUUGUUAAGGCGCCAAGAGGCAGUAGACACAUUUUAAAACUUAUUAUAUUAUCAAAUAAUUUAUUGGUUUUAAAAGUGUUAAUCUAAGAAAAAAAUCAAUGUUUAAAACUUAUUUAUAUUAUAAAAUAAUUUAUUGGUUUUCAAAUUGUAUAUCUGAAGAAAAUUCAAUAUAACUUGACAACCGUCUCGUCACGUAGUCAGUAAAUACUAUGUAAGGUAAUUUGGUGCCAUUUUCUACUAGUUUUUUACUGUUUUUAUAUUUUUUACAUAAAAAAUGGCAAACCCUAGAAUUACGAGCUCAAACUGAAUAUGUCAGGUUUAAACUAUUUAACUGAGAACCGCAUCUAAUUUGAUGCAGUAGUUUAUGUGUAUACAGACUAAAUUUCUAAAGGUUAUUGUUUUGGCUUUUAACCCAAUGAGGGAUAAUUAUGAAUAUGUAUUUAAUUAAAUUCAUAUUAGUAAGAUUAAAGAAUUUAAAAAUGUUAUAAUUUCGAUGUAGGUUCAACUUAAAUGAUAUUGACAAUGUGCAGUUUCAAACUAUUGAAAAUGUGUUCCUACAUUUCAGUUACCAAAUAAUGUUUUACAAAUUAAAUGUUAUUUGCUUAUGUGUUUUUGGUGCUUUUACCGAAUAUCUAGUUAGUAUUUUUAAUCGAAGAAAUCGCUGUAGUCAUUUCAAACAAAAUAUUUGUAAACGAUGUUGUAUAUUUAUUAAGUUGCUGUAAAUUUAAAUAAAACUGUAUAUUUAUAUAAAUGUAAUAUAUUAAAAAAGUAGUUAAAAUGCAAUGAAAAUACAUAUGUAUAAAUAUUUAUUGUUUGCACCGGCUGACCAUACAAACUUUCUGCCAUAUAAAUUAGGGGUAAGGACAUCCUAAUCUUGUGGCGGUAUGAAAUAUACUUUUCGACCUAUUCUCAUAUAUGUAUAUAUGUUAUAUAGUAUUGUACGCCUGUUUAUUGUCACAGAAGGGGGUAAAUUGUAGGCGGGGAGGAGGUUAGCAAUUUUAAAAUUUAUAUUCUACUUUUUUCUAGACUAAAAUACUUGUCUUUUUUUAUCAAUUACAUUUUUUUUCAAUGUUGCUCCUGGUUACUGUUAUGAUCUUUACCCAUGGCGUGACAGGGCUUAAAAAUGUUAUGUGAUUAAUAAACGCCAUCUAGUGUACAAUGGAUAAAAACAUCAUGAGCGAUCGAUUUAAAUUGGUAUCACAAUCGAUUGUCUCAGCUACUCUUGUAUUAAGUGUAAACUUUGUAUGUAUGUAUUAUUAAGAAAUCUAUGACUGUUUUAUUUAAAAAAAAAAUUAAUAAAAAAAAUACUUAGUU